AUGAUUAGGUGGGGAAAGGAGGCCAGAAAGGGACGAGGUGGGGAAAGGAGGCCAGAAAGGGACGAGGUGGGGAAAGGAGGCCAGAAAGGGACGAGGACGAGGUGGGGAAAGGAGGCCAGAAAGGGACGAGGACGAGGUGGGGAAAGGAGGCCAGAAAGGGACGAGGACGAGGUGGGGAAAGGAGGCCAGAAAGGGACGAGGACGAGGUGGGGAAAGGAGGCCAGAAAGGGACGAGGACGAGGUGGGGAAAGGAGGCCAGAAAGGGACGAGGACGAGGUGGGGAAAGGAGGCCAGAAAGGGACGAGGACGAGGUGGGGAAAGGAGGCCAGAAAGGGACGAGGACGAGGUGGGGAAAGGAGGCCAGAAAGGGACGAGGACGAGGUGGGGAAAGGAGGCCAGAAAGGGACGAGGACGAGGUGGGGAAAGGAGGCCAGAAAGGGACGAGGACGAGGUGGGGAAAGGAGGCCAGAAAGGGACGAGGACGAGGUGGGGAAAGGAGGCCAGUAA